AUGGAUCGACAAGUAUCGGCCUUUGCCCUGGCCAUCUUGUUGUCCAUUGUUUCCUCACAAAUUCCCCCGCCAAACACCGAAACCGAUGCAACUUUUCUCUCAGCGAUGAAGAAUCUCAUUUGGGGACCGAAUCCGGAUCUCGUUCCCCCGUCGACCCUCCUCACCUCAGCAUCAGUGAGUGUCUCGGGUGCUGCCUGUACUCUGCCUCAACAAAUAGGAACCGGACCCUACCGGAUACCCAGAUGGUACUACAACCCCGCCCGACAACGUUGUGAGCUCUUCUAUUGGUCUGGAUGUUGUGGAAAUCAAAACAAUUUCCAAACUUUCCAGAGUUGUCAACAAGUUUGCGAGGUGGAUCCAUGCGAACAAGACAACGAGAGCGGAGUCGGAGCACUGCAACUCUCCAGAUGGUUCUUCAAUAAGAAAAGCAAACUGUGCGAGCAAUUCAUUUAUUUUGGAUCGGGCGGAAAUCGAAAUAAUUUCGAGACAUUGCAAGAGUGUCAAGCACAAUGUCCUGAAUCCCCAAAUCCGUGCGCUGUUCAAACAACGGGCCCUUUGGUGACAUGUCUUGGUGGGAAUAGCUGUGGAGGUGGAUAUUAUUGUCAUUCGGGAGCCGCUCAGACAACGCAAGUCUGCUGUCCGAAGCCCUCGACUCUCGAUCGUUGCCAACAACCGCUGAACAUUGGAAUCGGAAAUGAGAACUUGCAGAGGUGGUACUUCAAUCCAUUGGCGCAGCAAUGUCAGACCUGUGUCUACAAGGGAUUGCAAGGAAAUGAAAACAAUUUUGGAUCAAGAAACGAUUGUGAGAACGCGUGUGUUGUGAACCCCUGCCGCGUGGGUACUCCAUUCCGUAGCCAGGGAGUGACCGUGCAAUGUUCGGCGAUGAAUCCAACCGUUUGUCCGGCCGGCUACUACUGUCAUAUCGGUGCCGAUCAAUCAACAUCUCUUUGUUGUCAAGCUCUCGGAACAAACCCUUGCACCGAGCCGAUGGUAAAAGGUGAAGGAUCGGCCUCAUUGACGCGUUUCUUUUACGAUUCAUCACAAAGACGAUGCCUAACUUUUAACUACCUUGGAACAAAAGGAAAUAUGAACAACUUCCAAACUCGAGAACUUUGUGAAGGAGCGUGCCCCGUUUGGACAAAUCCGUGCUCGGUGGGUAUUCCGAUCAUGGGCGCCGAUCAGCGACCAAUGAGAUGUUCCCAUGUCUCUCCUUGUCCGCCCACUCAUUUUUGUCAUCUCGGCUUCGACGAGGCGACCACAGUUUGCUGUGCGGCACAGGGAGAUCCGUGCCAAGUAUCUCUUUCUGAAGGAGUAGGAAAUCACGUGAUUCAACGCUGGUUCUACAAUCAGAAAACCCGUCAAUGUCAACCGUUUACAUAUCGAGGAUUAGAGGGAAAUGAGAAUAAUUUCUUGUUGCGAGAACACUGUGAAGCAACUUGUCCAGUUUGGAUUAAUCCGUGUCCACAAGGAGAACCACUGCUCAACAGUGAUAAUCGGCCAGCGAUUUGUGAGAUCGGGGCAGAGAAUGGUUGUCCAACAACUCAUUGGUGUCAUCCCGGAUCCGAUCCAUCGACUAGUUUCUGCUGUCCGGGAAAUUCGGAUCCAUGUGUUCUCGCAAAAUCCGAAGGAGAAGGACCUCUAGUUAUUACCAGAUACUACUUUGAUGCCACUCGAAGACAAUGCAUUGAGUUCACUUACAAAGGAUUACGAGGGAAUGCUAACAACUUCCUUUCGGAGGGUGCUUGCGCAGAAAGAUGUCCCGUUCAAAUCGAUCCAUGUCCAAUCACAUUCUCGAGUCUUGCUCAUGUCGUCACGUUGACAAAAUGCUCGGGUUCUUAUGCUUGUCCUGAUCAACAAUGGUGUCACAUUGGAGCCACGGAAGAAACGACUGUUUGUUGUCCAAAUGGUUUGUCUUUUGUUCAACCGGUUCAACCUUACAAACUU